UCCGAGAAGAAAUAAUUGUAAUGGGAGAAGGAAAACCCCUGGGUUGGAGUCCAUUUAUUUACGGGGGUAUAGCCUCGAUAAUUGCAGAACUAGGUACUUUUCCACUGGACACUACAAAAACGAGACUUCAAAUUCAAGGUCAGAAAUUGGAUAAAAAAUAUGCUACCUUGAGGUACUCUGGCAUGACGGAUGCCUUAGUCCAAAUUUCCAGGCAGGAGGGAAUAAAAUCGUUGUACUGUGGGAUCAGCUCAGCAAUACUGAGGCAGGCGACGUACGGAACAAUAAAGUUUGGCACAUACUACUCUAUCAAACAGCUGGCAACUGAAAAAUGGGGAACCGAUGAUUUAGUGCUUAUAAAUGUUGUAUGUGCUGCAAUAGCUGGAUCUAUAUCAAGCGCUAUUGCUAAUCCAACUGAUGUGGUGAAAGUUCGUAUGCAAGUCAGUGGUAAUGAGACUAAUCUUUCAUUAUAUGGUUGCUUCCACGACGUUUAUCAACAUGAAGGUGUACGCGGUUUAUGGCGGGGGGUGGGACCCACCGCCCAGAGGGCGGCGAUUAUAGCAGCGGUGGAACUACCGAUUUACGAUUUCACGAAACAGAAGCUAAUCCCACGAAUCGGUGAUGGAGUUGGUAACCAUUUCAUUUCCAGCACUACAGCUAGUAUGGCGAGUGCUAUCGCUUCUACACCUAUAGAUGUUAUUCGAACACGAUUAAUGAACCAAAGGAGAACACGUACUUCGAAUGGAGCUUUAUGUCCACAUAUUUAUAAAGGAAGUAUAGACUGUUUCAUUAAGACCUGUGCAAAUGAAGGAUUCUUCGCACUGUACAAGGGCUUCGUCCCCACGUUUCUACGAAUGGGUCCUUGGAACAUCAUAUUCUUCAUCACUUAUGAACAAUUAAAGAAAUUACCAAUAUAGUGAACAGAUGUUAUUGUGCGAGAAUGGAAGGAGAGAGAGGGUACCUGUUGCAAGAGUAACUUAUCAAAAAUUUUAUUUAAUACUAAUAAAAGAAAAUGCGUAAUCAUA